AUGAUUCUUCCAUGCUCAACAUUUGUUCUCUAUUUUUACUUUUCAUAUGUAUUAUCUAAUUUUUUAAUUGCUCAACAAUAUUCAAAAUCUCCUCGUCUAUGUGUUUAUCAUAAUAAUCCAUCACAGUAUUAUCCAUGUGUUCUUGGUUAUAUUGGUCUUAAUAGUUGGUCUUUAUAUCAAUGUCCAGAUCAAUUUAUAUUUGAUGAAACAUUACAACAAUGUUCAAUGAAAGUUCCUAUAAAAAAUACUUUCGAUCAAAUUGCUUCGUUAUCAUCAAUAGAUGAUAUUCUAUUUCAACAAAUUUCAAAUUUUAUUUUAUCUAAACCAAUGUUUGAAGAAGAACAACAGACAACUACAAUGAAACCAUUUUCGACAAAAAAAAUUUUCAAUGAAGAAGUCGUACAUGAAGGAGGUGUUUUUUGGGCAAAUGGUUAUCCACUUAUGAAAUUAAAUGAUAAAUCAAUUUUUGAACAACAAUCAUCAAUCAAUUCAAAAUUAAAUUAUUUCUCUUAUAAACAUCCUUAUCCUACACCUGUUAGUGAAGAUGAACUAAAAUACAAGAAAAUUUGUUAUUUUACUAAUUGGUCUCAAUAUCGAACUAUUCCAGCUAAAUUUGAACCUGAACAUAUUGAUCCAUUUCUUUGUACACAUAUUAUUUAUGCUUUUGCUUAUAUAAACAAUGAAACAUUUUUAAUAGAAACAGUAGAAGAAAAUGAUGAAGAUCUCUAUCGACGUAUAAAUAAACUUAAACAACGUAAUCCAAAAUUAAAAACAUUAUUAGGCGUUGGUGGAUGGAAUAUGAAAUCAUAUGCAUUUUCAAUCAUGGUUCAUGAUGAUGAAAAACGACGAAAUUUUAUUUUUAAUACGAUUAAUUUUCUUCAUAAACAUAAUUUUGAUGGUUUGGAAGCUGAUUGGGAAUAUCCGGGUAUACGUGGUGGACAAUCAGAUGAUAAAUAUUAUUUAACAUUAUUUUUUCAAGAUUUUAAAGAAGCUGCAAUGGCACAAUCGAUUGUUACAGGUCAACCACGAUUAUUAAUAGCAGCAGCUGUAGCUGCUAAUGAAGAUAUUAUUUCCAAUGGUUAUGAAAUCGAUAAAAUUGCAAAAAUUUUAGAUUUUAUUAAUAUUAUGACUUAUGAUUUUCAUGGAGCAUGGCAAAAUCAUACAGGAUUAAAUGCUCCAUUAUAUAGACGUUUUGAUGAAAUCGAAAAGGAAGCAAUGAUGAAUCAAGAUUUUGGUAUGGCUAUUUGGUUAAAGAAUGGAGCACCAGCUCAUAAACUUGUUCUUGGUAUUCCAUUAUUUGCUCGAACAUUUUUAUUAGCACGAGCAGAUGAACAUGAACUUCGAUCACCAACAAUUGGUAAUGGAACAGAAGGUCCAUUUACACGUAGUGUUGGGUUUUUAUCGUAUUUUGAAGUUUGUCUACUACAAACAGAUCCUCAAUGGAAAAUACGUUCAGUACCAGAUGGAUCAGAAUCUAGUUAUAUGUUUAAAGAUCGUGAUUGGAUUUCAUAUGAUACAAUUGAAAAUAUACAAAAACGAGCAGCUUAUGUUGUAGCUAAUAAUUUCGGAGGAUUAUUUGUUUGGUCACUUGAUAUGGAUGAUUUUAAUGGAGCAUUUUGUAAUAAUGGUACAUAUCCAUUUAUAAAAAAUUCUUUAUCACUUUUACCAACAGAUAUGCCUUCAUAUAUUUAA